UGCCACCCUGACUUGAGAGCAUAUUACACAGAGCUCUUAGUUCUGAUACUUACAGCUCUUCUUCCAACCUCAUUUUCAUCAUCAUGGCGGAAAACAUAAAGAUUGAAUUCAUCGGUUGGGAAGAUGACUUUCGCUAUGCAGAAGAGAAACGUCGCGUCACGAAGCAUAUCGAGGAGAUCGCCAAAAGCAAAGGUUUUUCUUUUGCUCAGGUCCAGGACAUGCUCAUCAAGAACAGAUACAGAGCACAAGGACCUUGGGUGGACGUCCACUUCCAACACAAGCAGGAAGUGAACAGCGAAACUUCAGCAUACGUUCCAGCAAGGCUGUGGUUUACCGAAGAUGCAGAUAUGAAGUCAGAGCCGGAGUUCUUUGAAGAAGUGAAGGGAAGCACCCGAGCGGAGUGACUAUCAACAUUGCAGGCUAGAUGCGAACUAGAUGCGGAUAGGCGGGUGCCCGCGGU